CAGUUUAAAUUUAAAGCGACGAGGAGCAUGAUCGGGUGCGAGGAAAGGAGAACUGCGAGUGCAGAAUUUGCAGACCAGAUAUUUUGCCUUGAUGCAGUAGAAUGGAGUGAAGAUAACAGGAUUUCAGUUUGUACAGAGAGAGGCAUAAUAAUUAUGGAAAUGAACAAUUCACCUCUUCAACUGGAUAAGAACAUUCACUACAACAAGUCAUUGGUUCCACGCCCAAAAGAUUCAAACAAUGUUACAAGACUUCCAAUUGAAGUUUUUAAAUCGUGGAAAAUGGAAUCAAGCAGCUUUUCAGAAGAUGAAGUGCAGGAGUUAUUUCUUGACCACCCAUUGCACCCUUACCUGAAAGGUCAAGUUCUUUGUCUUGGUUAUGUGAGGGCCCAUUGGUCAGCCAGAGGUGUGGACACCAUGGGAAGGUGUGCCUUAGCAGCUGUGACUGGGGACCACAGACUGAAUAUUUAUGUAAAAGGGAAUGAUAAGAAGAAAUGGAAAGAGGUGAUUGAUAUGCAGUCCUUGUUGUUUGAAAGAUUUAAAGACAGAGUGUCAGAGGAAAUGAAAUUCAGUGAAUUCAAGGAAGUCUGCUACAACAUGUUUGUAGUAGAUGUUGCCUGGUCCCCACUGUGUAACUUUGAUGAUGUGAAGUAUUGCAUAUUGGCGGUGGCCAUGAAAAGCGGAGCUAUACACCUGCUUAAAAUCCUCACGCCUUUGUGUUCAAAAAGUGAUGUCGUAGUUGUUAGUGAAACACAGCCCCUGUCGUCCAUCCCAUCGACUUUGUGUUGGUGUCCUGGAACCUCCAAUGAAAAAGAUGGUCUAGUUGUUGGCUACCAGUCCGGUCAAGUGAUAUAUUUGUCGGUGGAUAAGAGACAAGUCACCACCAAGUCCACGACUGUCAUUCAUGAAGAAGAAGAUCUCAUCAGAGUUGGCUGUAUUGCUUGGAAACUAAUGUCAGAGGAUUCACUGCUUUUUGUUGUGUCCAAGGAUAUCCAUAUAUUGUCAUUCGUGAUUAACAGCAAGACCGCAGCAGUAACAAAGCGAACCUCUCAUCUGGGACUGCACGAUUUUCCUGUUACAGGCUUAUUUGUCACGGAAGAUUCCUUUGUGAUGUCAUCAGAGGAAGGGCAAUUGCAGAUUUGUCGACCAUCACUGAAUGGAGAAGAUAUUGAACUGCUGUUUUCAACUCUAACAACAGACUUUGUUGGUAUGAGAAAAAUUUUAGGUGCAAGUUCCUCGCCUAAUGGAAUUUUUGUUCUCAUAGCAACAUGGCCUAUGAAAAAAUUUGAUUUGAAGUUUAUGAGGAGAAGUCCUAUGCAUGUAUUUACAUUACGUCUGAAGUCUGAGGAGGACCAGAGAAAAACUGCAGAAAAGUUGUUACUGGAUGAAACCGUGCCUAUGGACCACAUUCCUGAUAUUCUUGAGUACUUUCGACAGAGUCUUUGGUCUGGGGUCAACAUUAUUCCCUCCCUAACCAGUUUUGUGUCGCAGUCACACAAGUGGUUCUCCAUGCCUAUCAAACUGUUAAGAGUGUUGAGGUAUUUCAUCAUGACAAUACAACUGCACAUCCCAGAAACUACAGAUGAAGGAAUUAAGGAGGCUGCACUGGCCAAGGGAACUGUGUCUCAGCUGUCCAAUGUCAUUUUGUUGAAGCAUGUAGAGAAGGUGUUUUGUGGUGUGCUAAGAUCGCAACAGAAGCAGUUCACUGAAACAGAGGUAAAAGUUUUGAGUACAAUACUGAAUUGGCUGGAUGGAAAAGAAGAAAAGCUUGCCAAUGACAAAGUGGAAGAAGUAAAUCAAUUGAUAACAAAGAAGGAGUUCGAGGACUGCUGUAUCUGUCACUCCGUUUUGAAAGAAGAAGAAAUGACAUUAGUUUGUCCUAAUGGGCAUGUAUUUGGGAUGUGCUGUUUGACUUUCCUGCCUUGUUCAGCAGCGUAUAGGACUUGUGUUAGUUGCAACACUCUGGCAUCUUCUUCUGAAAAACUUAAAGACAUUUCCUGGUUGCCCAAGGAUGAAUGCUCGUUAUGUGGUGGAAUACUACUAUGAAGAAAAGAGAAACUUGCAGCGCAGAGAAAGCUCAAAGCUAACUCUUCUUAAGCAAAAACUUGAGAAUACUGGAACAGAUUCAGUUUAAAGUCAAGAAGAAAGUCCACUGCAGGGCUCAUUAGAGUGAUGAAAAGCUUGCCUUGUGUGUUUACAAGUAAGGCAGUGCAUGUUAGCAAUAGUGAGUUGGACUUGUGUCUGAAAAUUUAGAUCCAAUGGAGGGUUUUUCCCCCAGCCAGAACAAACAAAAGAUUUUGGCUAUAAUAGACAAUUACAGCAUACACGUCAUUCCAAGAUGGAAGGGUGUUUUUGAAUAGAUGUAUUUUCAUUAUAUAGCAUCUUUAAUUUGAAAGUUGAGUUUGAAUUGGAAUGACGUAUUGUAGUGUUAAUAGCAGCUUUGAAUGAAUAGAAAAAUCCAAAGGCUGGAAUAAUAUACACCUUCCUGAUGCAAUGUGUAUCGUGAUACAUUGAUGGUAAUAACAAUUAUUUUUGUUUCUCUCUACUUUAUGUGAAAAGAUUUAACUUGAGACUUACUGAUCAUUUUCUUUAUCAGUUUAUCGCUUUACUUGUUAACACUAGCCCAUCAUUCUUUUUACUUUCUGUAUUGUUAAAGCUGUAAUGCUUCCUAAUGGCAGAUCAGUAAGCAGCAAAGGUAGUUUUAUUGUCUCCUCCAUUUUGAUUACAAAGUGAAACAAUGUCUGCCAAUAUCAAUGAUAGAUCAAUGUUAAUCACUGCUGUGUACUAAAGCAAUGGGUCAGAGUAUAUCAUACACUGAAUUGAGCCUAAAAUUCGGCUGUACAUGGUUAUUUUAAUUUUGUUCUGUACUUGUAUCUUGAUAUCCUCUUAGUCAAUGCCAGCAUUUUUGUGUACUAUCACAAGUAAUAAAGGAUGGAUUCUUCUCAUAUUCAUUACUAUACUGCUACAACUAUAGAAUGUAUACAUUCUUAUGACACAUAGAAAGUGAGUGUUGCAGUUCUUGUUUUUGUGUCAAAGUCACACUUUACAAAUCAAGAAACCCAAAACAUUCCAUUUACAGCAGACAUAAAUUGUAUAUAUAUACUUCUGAUUCAUUACAAGAUUUAUCAUAAUUUGUUGCAUAAGCGUUAUGAUGAACAUAUUUCUGCCUGCUUGCAUAACAGAAUUAAUCAACUUAUUCCUGGCACUAGUCUACUAAGAUAUUUUUUUUAAAAUCUUAUAACACUGGUGUAAAAAGAUACAUAAUGACAUAUUAAAAUAUGUAAUGAAAUCAGAUCAUAUAAGGAAAAGAAAAUUAUUUUCAUUAGGAAAUGAUUAAGAAUAGGACAUUUAAGAUUCAUUUGAAUGAUGAAAGGAAUCCAUCCUUAUUAGUAGUUAGUUCUUCUCUGAACAGUAGAUCAUUUCUAAAAUCCCAAAACACCAGUUUUUGGAGAACCACACUUGCCAUUCACUCCCAUUAACAAAAUUUGAAUGAAAAAAAUAUUAACAUUUAUUGAAAUCUUGCAAUCUGUGUUAGGAAAACACCUGGUUGGGAAAAGAAAUCAUUGUAUUCCUGAGUCCUAUUCAAAUAUUGGAGCUCCCCUGAAUCCUGAAUUUCUAAGGUGUCAUGCUACGAUACGUGUUCUUCAAAUUGCAGUAAACACCAGCACAGAUAAAUUACAAUUUUUUAAAAGGUAUAUAGCCAACUUCCAUCUCCUCGAGAGGGAAUACUUUUUUAACGCGAUGCCUUGCCAUUAAGCCAGGGCCAGCAUUUCCCAUGCAGUGGAAAUUCCUACUUUCGAUAACCUUCUGGAUAACCUUCUCGAUAUCUGAAGAGUUUGAAAAAAUUAAACAUAAAUUUUCGGUAAACUUAAUUCAAAUGCAUGCAUGUACAUAGUUUCACUGGUUGGGGAAAAAAUGGUGUGAAAAUAGAAAAAUGAUACCUAAAUUGAUUUUCUUUUGCUAAAUUAUAAGUUGAGUUUUCAAUUGCUGAAUGCAUAUGUAGUGUAUCAUGUUAGUUGUCUUGUACUAAAUUUUGUAUUAACCACCAUCCAGUUAGUUUAUACGUUCCAACACAAGUGCUGUGUGAACUACAGUGAAAAAUGUUUAAAAUGAAUGAGGUACAGAAAUGAGUUUUAGCAUUGUCUAUGCUUUCUGCUCGGGAUGAUUCCUGGGGGAGGAAAUAAAUAAUUGAAAUUUUAUUUUAUAAACAAAAGCAAAUCUAACAAUGUAGACAAAGUUUCAGUAUGACAUACAUUAUCGAUCUCUUUUCACUCUGGUAUACAAGGGAGAAAAUAAAGUUCGUCUUGCA